AUGAUGAUAGAAAGUUGGUGAAUACAUACAUAUUUCAAAACCAUUUUGAAAAUGCUGAUUUAUAGCUGAAGAACUCGCAAGUGUCUCUCAAAACCGUGCUGCAAUUUUGGAACGAGUGAAUCUUGAAGGAAAAUGCUUAAUGGUUUCUGCAUUCGAAAAUGAGCAAAAACAAAAUGCUCAACGCUGUAAUCUUGUAUCGAUUCGUCGAAAGUUUGAGGGUAUUAGGAAAAAUGUUAGCAAACUUUUUUACAGUUUUGACUUUCCCAUUCGAGCUAACAAUGAGACUGAUUUUCAAAACGCGGUUUUUAUAAUGCAGGUGAGGAAAAUAUUCACGAGGGUACUGUUUUUGAAAUUUUGUCCAUAGACAGCUUUUGGGGUAAUAAGAGCACCAUAAAAAUUUUAGUCUCCCAAUGUACCUCUGAGCCAAGUUCUGGGCUCUCAAAAGUUCAAAAAUUGGCUCAUAAAAGUCAUCAUAGCUCCAUUUCAAAAUUUUUUUUUGGAGAAAUAAAGUUUCAGAUAUUGAUCAGCAUAGUCGAUUUACUAAAAGUAUUUUGAAGUUUUUUUUUAAAUUUUUGGUCUGGAAAUUCAUGAAAUUUCAUAUGUGCCCUGCUCAUUUUUUUUCCAAAAUCAAAAAUUUUUCUGAAAAUUUGAUUUAUUGAUGGUUUGUGGGUAAAUCGACCACGCUGAUCAUCAUCUGCUACUCAGUUUUUCAUAAAAUUGAUCGAGAAUUGAGUUAUGAUGUGUUUUAUUAGCCAAUUUUGACAAUUUUUGAACUUUUGAGAGCCCAGAACUUGGCCUAGAGGUCUAUCAAGAUUUAAAGUGUUGGGCGAAAAAAGUUUCCUUAAUAUUCGCUUCGAUUUACAGCUAAGCAUUAACAAUAUAAAAAAAGAGAUAAAUGGGACCAGAGAGUAUAUAUCACUUGCGCAACAAGAUGCAAUAAGUAGAUCAAAAGCAAAUGAAGCAAAGAAUUGUAUCGUAGAAAUUGAGGAAAUCUUAAUGCUAUUUGGAGAAUCAAUAAAAAAUAAAGAGGUAACAAAUUUUGCACUUCUCAACAAUAUUUCCAAAAAAAAUGGAUUUUUCAGGAAACUUAAAAUUGAAACAUCAACAAAUAUGAUGAUUCAAUUGAAACGAUUGACAAAUGAAACAACAAAACUGGGUCAAAUCAUUCAAUCGAUUCCUGAAGCAACAAAUGAUAACAAUUUCAUGAAUGCUGCAAUUCAAGCAGCUAAAAAUAUCAUUGCAGAGUCAAAUGCAAGUGAAUCAAGUCCACAGAAGAUUCGAGAAUCUGAAGACAUUUCGAGAAAUUUGGAUGAAAAUUGA